UGGAACAGUGGAAUUUUCUUCAUUUUCGGUAGCCACUCUUGUCUUUUUUUAUGAUUAAAUGAGAUAUGGAAAGGAGGUCACCUUGAAGUGUCAUUCAAAUUUUAGCGGGGAUUAGUGUUUUAUCGUGUUUCAAGUUUUAUGAGAUUAGUUCUUAUUUGUGAGUGAAGAAGAAAGUAAAGAAGUAAGCAUGGGCGGAAAAUGGUCUGGUAUGGACCCUUCUGAGGUCGAAGUACCAGAAUUAAAGACUUUAUUGGACAGAGAUCCGUAUUUAAAACCAUACGAGAACGAAUUUCGUAAAAGAUAUGCGUUGUUCAAAGACUAUAUAGAAAAACUAGAAGGUGGUGAUGGCAAUAUAGAUAAAUUUUCAAGGGGAUAUGAAAAGUAUGGAAUCCAUGUGAACAAAGAUAACAGUGUUGUUGCAAGAGAAUGGGCGCCUGGAGCACAAGAAUUAUUUUUAGCAGGAGAUUUUAAUGGUUGGAACAGGACAGCUAACUCAUAUAAAAAAUUAGACUAUGGAAAAUGGGAAUUGCAUUUGCCCCCUCUUGCUGAUGGUAGUUGUCCUAUAAAACAUCAAUCAGAAGUUAAAGUAAUUGUGAAAAAUCAUCAUAAUGAAUUACUGGAACGAUUGAGUCCAUGGGCUACUUAUGUUACACAAAAUAAGGCUGAAAGCAUUACAUACAAGCAACGCGUAUGGUGCCCAUUACCUGAACAUGUUUAUAAGUUCAAACAUCCCAAACCGAAGAAACCAGAUAGUCUUAGAAUUUAUGAAUGCCAUGUUGGUAUUGCAACACAAGAACUAAAGGUCGGCACAUAUUUAGAAUUUGCCAAAGAUAUAAUUCCACGUAUUGUGAAACAAGGUUAUAAUACUAUACAAUUGAUGGCUAUUAUGGAGCAUGCCUACUAUGCCAGCUUUGGCUAUCAGGUGACCUCCUUCUAUGCUGCUUCAUCUCGCUAUGGCACACCAGAAGAAUUAAAAGAAUUAAUAGACACAGCUCAUCAGCAUGGCUUGUAUGUUUUACUGGAUGUCGUACACUCUCAUGCAUCAAAAAAUACUUUGGACGGAUUAAAUAUAUUUGAUGGUACUGAUAAUUGUUUCUUCCAUUCUGGUCAUCGCGGAGAUCAUCCACUUUGGGAUAGUAGGCUCUUCAAUUAUGGAGAGUAUGAAGUACUUCGAUUUUUGCUCUCUAAUUUGCGUUGGUACAUUGAGGAAUAUGGGUUUGAUGGAUUUAGAUUUGAUGGUGUCACAUCAAUGUUGUAUCAUUCAAGAGGAUUUGGACAAGGUUUUAGUGGUCACUAUGAUGAAUAUUUUGGUCUAAAUGUUGAUGUUGAGGGUAUAGUGUAUCUAAUGCUUGCAAAUCAUAUGCUACACUAUUUAUAUCCAGAAAUCACUACAAUUGCGGAAGAUGUUAGUGGAAUGCCUGGAGUUUGCAGGCCAGUUGCUGAAGGUGGUUUAGGAUUUGAUUAUCGAUUAGCUAUGGCUAUCCCAGAUAAGUGGAUUAAGCUUUUAAAGGAAGUAAAAGAUGAAGAUUGGAAAAUAGGAGAAAUUUGCUGGACAUUAAGUAAUCGAAGGUGGAUGGAAAAAACUGUAGCUUACUCAGAAUCUCAUGAUCAAGCUCUUGUAGGUGAUAAAACAAUCGCAUUUUGGCUCAUGGACAAAGAAAUGUACACCCAUAUGAGCGUAACAAGUUCCAACAGUUCAAUCAUUAACCGUGGAAUUGCUCUUCACAAUCUCAUUACAUUAAUUACACAUGCACUAGGAGGAGAAGCUUAUUUAAAUUUUAUAGGUAAUGAAUUUGGUCAUCCCGAAUGGUUGGAUUUUCCUCGAGCCGGUAACGGAGACAGCUAUCAUUAUGCCAGACGCCAGUGGAAUUUAGUUGACGAUGACUUGUUAAAAUAUAAAUUUAUGAACAACUGGGAUCGCGCUGUAAAUACUCUCGAAGAAAAAUAUGGAUGGUUACAUGCUCACCCGGCUUAUAUAAGCUGGAAGCAUGAGGAUGACAAAGUAAUUGUUUUCGAUCGUGCAGAUCUUAUAUUUGUUUUUAAUUUUCACACGGAAAAGUCAUUUCCUGAUUACACCAUUGGAGUAAAGAAUCCAGGAACUUACAAAAUUCUCUUAUGUAGCGAUAGUAAAGAUUUUGGCGGGGAAGAACGUGUUGAUACUAGCGUGCCACAUUUUACUAAGCCAGAAUCGUAUUCUGCUUAUUCAAACCGUAUGAUGAUCUACAUUCCUUGUCGCACUGCAAUUAUCUACGGCAGAGAAUCGUGAUUAUUAUCUUUUAUGGGCGCGGCCAAAAUAAGGACUGAUAUUAAACUAUGUACAAAUGUGGAAAACUAUUUUUUUUGUACCAAAAUCUUACUUGCCUAAAGAUUGCUACAUUCACAGAAACCAUACAAAUUAUACAUUAAUCACUUAUCAACUUUUUUCGAAGCAUGAUAUGAAGUUUUACUACAUUUAAACAUAAAAA